AAAUCAUCACCUUCAUAUCCUUUUCAUAUUCACAGACACCUGAAGUCCUUAUGCAUACCAGCUGUGAAGGUGCACCAUGAAUUGUGAAGAGCAGGGCAUGGGGAGGGUAGUCCAUUCCUGGGCCAGAUUUGCCCCAGCUGGACAAACUGCCCUCGAAGAGGCCCUGAGGGUCUUUAACCCCAUGUCCAAGGACCUUUCGGACACUGAGAGACAAAUGGUGUCCUUUCUUCAAAAGCUGAGGAAAGAGGGAGCCAAGCCUGUGAUUUUGAAGAGCAAAGAUGUAUAUGGAUACACGUCUUGCACCACGGAGCCAAUCUCUUCUAAAAUUGGCAGCAAGGUUCAGAGAGUGCAGAAACCUUGCAAGAAGCGAGGGCGGAAAGGUUUGAGCAAGACCAAGGAUGUGAAUUACGCGAUGCUCAGUAGAGCAGCAAAGGACAUUCUCCAAAACCAACCCAAGAUCCUGCUUACCAAUCUCUCGGUGGACAGUCUUAAGCAGAAUGUUGGAUCGGCAAUGCUAGAUAAACACUCUGUUCAAGCGCAGCAGUGCCUCAAGCUAACAAACAUAAAAGGGUUGACCGGAGGCCACACCGCGAGGUUGCAAAUUCACUUUGGUUCAGAUUCUAAAAGCACCCCCAGUUUUGCUCUGGGACGGCCACCGGAUCUCUCCGGAAUUCCGCAUUCUCCAACAGAAAAUGGCAGUCAGACAUCAAAUGUAGUUGCCUUGGACAACAAACGUGUUUUGUCAUGUCCGUUCAAAGUAGACGAUGCCCUUAUUGGAGACUCUGCCCCAGUCGUCUGUCAAAAUGGUUUCGUUCUUAAAGAUGGUAGCAUUUAUAAAAAGAUUGAAACUGUAUCAGGUAAACCUGAUGUGAUGACCAGUGGUCUGGACAAUGGUUCAGUGAGGAGACUCCAUUUCCAAAGCUAUAACUGGUCCCAGUCUACACUCACCAAUGGCCAAGACGUUUCUAGACUGAAUGGCAAUGGUCUUGAAUGGAAGGUUAUAAAAGUAGACGAUUCGGUCACAGACGAGGAGGUGAGAAGGAAGGCACAAAAAAUCUUGCAAGUUAACUUGUCGCCUGUGAUACAGAUCCAUCCACUUGUUGACUCUGUAUAGACUCUUGCUGGGAAUUUUUAUUUUUUUGUUUUUU